AUGAAUUGCAUUACUAUUUUGAAAGAAAAGCUAUUAAUAUAAAUAUCUAAAGAUUCAGGAGGUCUAUCUCAUAUCUCAAAUUUAUUGCGUUUUUCGUUUGAAUUAAAUAAUUUAGAUACAAAUAGUUAAGAUAAGAAUUUUUUUUAACUCAAUAUUGGCUCAAUCAUCAAAUUCAAUAAUGAAAUUAUAUCGAUUCUGAAUAAAUAUCCAAACAACACUAUUGUUUUUUGCAUUUCACACCUUGAUAGUAGAAUGCUUUAGUUCUUAUUAAUUAUCGGAUUUUUUUAUAUCACGACUCUGAAAAAUGAUUCAAAAUCCUUUAUAAAUUUGAUAGAACAAAUAAUAAAGCCAAAGUGUAUUAUCUAAAGUGAAAUUUAAAAACUUUAUCAAGCUUUGUAAAGUAUUGAAAAGAUCAGAUAGUUAUUAUGGAUUGAUUGCAAUAAAUUUAAUAUAAAGUAAUAUGCAAUCAAUCUAAUACAAUAUAAUUUAUCUGAAAUAGUACCUCAAAAACUCUAUUGCUUCUCCUCUCCUGUUGAUGAUAAAUAUUUAACAAAAAUCUUUUAGAAUUAAAAUUAUGACAGCACAAACUCAUCACCCUAAAAAAAUUAAUUAUAAAGCCAGCUUGAUCCAAGUUAAUACUUAGAAGUUCUUGGAAAUCUAGGAAUUACUCAAAUCAUUAGGCUAAACUCAAAGACAUAUAAAUCUUAUAAGUUUACAAACUUUGGUUUUAAACAUCAUGAUAUAUAUUUUCCAAAAAAUUCCUUGCCAACAUUUGACCAAAUAAGAGAGUUUAUUUAAAUUUGUAGCCAAAAAGAUAAAAUAGCUAUUCAUUGCACUUCAGGAUCUGGUAGAUCUUGCUUGAUGAUUGCUUGCUUUUGUUUAUAUAAAUAUAAACUAGAAUCAUAUCAAAUAAUAAAUUGGAUUAGAUUAAUAAGGCCUGGAAGUAUAAGCUAACUAUAAGAAUAGUUUUUGAAUGAAAACGAAUAAACUAUAUAAAAUUUAUUUAUAUAAAUUAAAUGA